AGUAAUAAUAACAAUGAAAAAUAGAGCGGCGCUGUUUAUCCAUAGAAGGUGGGUUGGGCAUAAGCUGAAAUCUGCGCCAUAACAUUUUUUUGUAAAACUACACCGCCCCUUUCUUCGCACGCACACCACCGGCGGCAGUCUUCACUCCAGUCUGCUGCCACAGUUUGCACCGACCAAGGUCAGCAACAGCGACCGCCCACGGGAUCUGUCAACGCGGCGUCAGAGCCUCCACUGAGCCCGUACGAGACCGCUUGGGAUACCAUGGGAGUCGGAUUCGAGGGUUUAACGCAACACGAUUCAUCGCCGUGUGGAUGUUGGAGGAAGUCCCGGUAGCGAGGGAGUAAAAGCGGCCAUAGGAAGGAACAACAAAAGUUAAGCGUAUGUCAGAAUCUAUGAGCGUUGACUUAAGUGACACCAUGUUGGGAAACUCUGGUGGUUACGCUACGAAGAAGAGGAAGAAGCCCGUCCUCAAACAAAAGAAAAUCUCUGAAGGCAAUGGCGUUGUUAAGUCAAACCCUUCAAAGCGACACCGGGAUCGGCUGAAUGGGGAGCUGGACCGCCUAACGGAGCUCCUGCCCUUUUCUGAGGAUGUUCGCUCUCGCCUCGACAAACUGUCCGUCCUUCGCCUCAGUGUCGGAUACCUGAGGGUCAAGAGCUACUUCAAAGCGACCACGAAGAGCGGCAACGCUUCGUUGUUCCCCGCACUGAAAGGGCUAAACGGACAGAAUGGACAGAACGGAAACAGCGCGGACGCCACAAGCUUCUCUGAGGGGGACCUCCUCCUCCAGGCAUUGAACGGGUUUGUGAUUGUGGUCACGUCAGAUGGUUUGGUGUUUUAUGCCUCGUCCACAAUCAAGGAUUACCUGGGCUUCCAUCAGUCAGAUGUUGUUCACCAGAGUGUGUAUGAUCUCAUCCACACCGACGACCGGGACUUGUUCAGAGAGCAGCUGCACUUCGCCAUGAAGCCCCCGCCAGCCUGUGUGGGUGGAAACGUCCUGAGCGCUGCUAACACAGUGAUGUACAGCCCCGAGCAGCUCCCCCCGGAAAACUCCUCGUUCCUGGAGCGCACCUUCGUCUGUCGCUUCCGCUGCCUCCUGGACAACUCUUCCGGCUUUCUGGCAUUGAAAUUCCAGGGACGACUGAAGUACCUCCACGGCCAGAGUGUCUUGAGGGACAACCAGGUCUGCAACAAGCCUCAGCUGGCGCUGUUCACCAUUGCGAUACCCGUCCAACCUCCGGCGAUUGUGGAGAUCAGAGCAAAGAUGCUCCUCUUUCAAACCAAACACAAGCUGGACUUCACACCCACAGGCAUUGACAGCAGGGGCAAGGUCGUCCUGGGCUACUCGGAGCUGGAAAUCUGUAUGAAAGGCUCCGGCUACCAGUUCAUUCAUGCAGCGGACAUGAUGUACUGUGCCGACAAACACAUGCGCAUGAUUAAAACAGGAGAGACUGGACUGUGUGUUUUCCGGCUCCUGAGUAAGACCAACGAGUGGGUGUGGGUGAAGUCCAACGCCAGGCUGAUCUACAAAGGAGGGAGACCUGAGUUUAUCAUCGCAAACCAGAGAGCUUUAUCCAAUGCGGAGGGUGAGGAAUAUCUGCACCGGAGGCAGGUGGAGCCGGCCUUUGCCAUCACCACAGGGGAAGCCGUCCUCUACACCACCACUGCCACUGUGGACGUCUCGCUGUAUCAGUUCAACAAGAAAUUCGACUGCGACAUGGGCAAAGACGUGCCCCCCCACUCUCUGCUGGACUGCUUCCUGAGACAGGACGAGUCGGCCUACACGCAGGCUGCCGCGUCGCCCUCACCUGUGGACCAGGUGUUCAUGGAGAGCCACGCCCUGGUCAGCAUACCCAGCGACACGUGGCAGGACGCUGGGGCCAUGAGCAGCGCGGUUAACAGUGCCAUCGUGAAGGAGGAGUCCAAGCAGUCUGUGAUGGCCGUCAUCGACAACCUGGAGAAGAUUGCCCAGAAUGGCGACCUCCCCGCGACGCUGCAGAACCUGGAGGUCAGCGACGAAGAGCUGGUGGAGUGGGAGAACGCUCUCAAGAGGUUGGGUCAGGAGGGCGAUCAGCAGAACAGCAUCAAGUCCGACCUGGACAGCAUCCUCACCACAGACAUAUUCGACUACAUCGAUGACAUCUUGUUCCAGGAGAACCCCAGACCCACCAAUGGCCUGACGCCAGGGAGCAACAAUCAUCACGGCGCCUUCAGCCACGUUGCGGCUCAUUUCUCCGAGGAACAGAUGUUUAAGAAGCUGAGCCCCAAUCACACGUUCUCGCCAAAGAACGGCCUCUACGCUCACCAGCAGGACACCGCCAUCAUGGAGGCCGCUGUGAUCUUCAACGGCGGCCAGAAGCUCUCGCACCAAGGUCACCUUCUCGCUCAGUCUGACGCCAAACUGCCGCCUCCUCAGGAGCUGCAGCUCCAGGACAUUUUCAGCCCGUCGAUAGAAAUCCCAGAGCUUAUUGUCCCUAAUGUCUCAGGGGUGGAUCCUCUGGCUCCUUUUCAGUCCCUCGGGCAGGCGUCCUUCGGCCACACGGAGCAUCCUCCGGGGAUUACUGUGCCCGCGCAGAACAGUUUACAGGCUCCUGCAAUGGCAGCAAAUGGACCGAUGCUGCCGAGCUCUGUGAAAACGGCAAUCAAUGUAGCACCUGGCGUCAUGGACAUUUUACCUCCCCUCAUUCCUUGCAAAGACUUAAAAUCCUCCCCGCCGCCAAAUAUUCCCGUGCACUAUUCCGCACCUCACCUGCAAGGAAGCCCCGCCUUCGACACGCACAAGGUUCAGCAGUGGCCACAGAGUCAGCAGCAGCAGAAGCUGCCGCACACUGGCGUCACGCACAACGGACAUGCUCCGAUGCCGGCGUGUAACGGACAAACGGCAGAGAGCCAAACAUUCCCGCACGCCAGCCUCUGGCAGAGCAGCGUCACCCGAGUGAAACAUGGCCAGCAGGGGGAGCUGACGUGUGGCCAGGCAGCUUCGCACAGGGGCUGCAUUUUCAGCCACCACUUUUCCUCCAGCCCGGCGGCACUGGACGGCAUGCUGGGCCUCACCGGGUCCACCGUGCUGCGGGAGACAGACGCGUUGCUGGGCCAGAGUCCCCUGCAAGGCUCCCGCUGCCUGCCGUGGGGCCGAGGUGAGCCGGUGGCGGGCGUGUCCGCCGUCAACCAGGAGAACGGCAACAUCGUGUCGGCCUCAGAGCGUGCACUUAACAUUCACCAUUACCAGGAAAACCUCCGGCAAAUGCAGCAGGAUGAAAGACUCUCAGCUGAACUCAACGGCAUUUUUGCUGCUCCUCCUCCUCACGACGUCGCCCUGUACCUGGCCGAGUAGAGUCUCCGCCCCCGCCGCCGCCGCCGAGGCACUUCACGUUUGCCUGCAUCAGUGCUUCUUUUUCUAAAAUUCUUUCUCCUCCUCCUCAUUCUUUACUCUGUCUGUUAUUUUCACACAUUUUGUUUUAUAUCAUAUUUACUCCAUCCAGGCUGUAAUGUUUUGUUUUUUUUUAAAAAAAAAAAAAGCUGUUCUGUCAGUUUCUAGUGAACAUACACUAUAAUAGUUUUGUCAUAAUAAUGAAGUAUAAAGCCGCAAGUGCCUGUACUAAGAGGCUUGAGCCAGGUAAAUCCAAGGUAAAUCCAAAGACAUAUUUUAUAUAUAGAUAUAGAGAUAUGUAUAUAUAUAUAUUCCAAUUUUUAAAACCAUAAAAAUGUGGAGUUUUAUAUAAAUUCUGUUUCGAUAUCAUCAGUUUACACACAACACACAGCUUCUACCAUUUUUUAACACUUUAUAUAUUUUCAAUGAAAUCCUUAAAUGAGGCUGAUCUAAGAAAAAAAAAAUCUGUGUAUGCUAUAUUUGUUUCACUAGCAAAUCUGUGCUGGCUCCUAAUGUACAAACAUGUUUUUAUCUGAAGUGCAAAUGACUGGGGGGAACAAACAAACAAACAAACACAAAAAGGAGCAAAUGAGAAAAUGUUGAACAGGAAAAAGGAGAGAAAAAAAUAACGUCCGCUCGCUGCAGCUUCUGUCGGGGAUGAGGAGAAGAGAGUCUUUGUUUCCUCUUUAGUUUGAGUUCACUGCUGCUAGUUAAGACCUUUGUAUUUGUCUAAUUCUGAAGUGAUACUGAAGAUAUAAGUAGCUCCUGUGACGAUUAGCUUUGAGAAAGUAAACUCUGUUAAAAGUCCCUUAACCUCAUUGUGCGUUCCAUUCCAUAUGCUGCUUUUCCCACUACACGGCUCGGCGAGGACAUAGCGCGGUUUCUUUUACUUUUCCGUUCAGUGAUACUUAAAAUCUGACGUCGACAGACUGCCGACCACUGAUUGGUCAGAGAGUGUCGUCACUGGAAGAGUCAUGAGCUGCGACGUCCGACACAAGAAUCAAACCAAACUGUAGAUCAGUUAAGAAGACUUAAAAACCCUGGCAACAUCCGUUAAUCUCCCAACAUUUAGCAAAGGAAAUGUCUAAAAUCUCAAUAUUUACAUAUUUCAAUAUAGAGUCUGGUGUAUUUAGCGACAGCACUGCCGAAGAUCGGCGAUUGUGAGCUGAAUUCACAACCUGGUAUUUCAGUUCAGAUCUUUUCUAAUCAAACUGAUUCUAAUGAUUCAGUUACACCGAAAAGAACCCGUUUUACAAGUCACUAAUUUGUGUGUUUCACGCAGCCGUGCUGUGAUGACUCCGCCCACAUUUGGGAGGUAUUACAGUAAUGGCAAACCAUACCAAACCGUGUAGAGCCGUGCCGGAACUGUGUAGUGGAAAAGCGCCGACAUACAUCGCAGCAACGUGUCCACAAAUUUAAAAAAUUGAGAAGUACUAUGUGUACAACUGACUUACUGUGAAACUAAUGAGACAGGAAAAGGAAGCAGAGUUUUUAGCGGCAACACGAGGGAGGGGCAGCCAUCUUGAAAUCCCGUGUCAGGACUUGUGACGGGGAAAUUCUGAACUUUCGACGUCAACUGGAACGCACCGUCACCCGGAUUAAAUAUUGUCCUCGAUGUCGCAAAAUCACACCGCAAUCGCAAAUUUCACUCAAAAUAACCGCAGAACAAUGAGUACAUAUUUAUUUAAAAGUACACGUUGAAGAAAGCUGCCUCCACAUUCAUGGGCGUCGUCCUCUGUACUGUCUCUUAAAGGUGCGUUCAGGAGCUUCGAGUUUCGAGAGAGCGACAAAAAGAGGAUUCACAAGAUAAAGCUAAUAAUAGCAAUAACGUUCAUAACAACAGCAACACAAACCCUCAUUUCCAAAGGUUCAAAGGUGGCAGUAGCAUUCCCAGAGUGCACAUAGGCCUUAUUUUUGACUGCACAAGUAACGAGGGGUCCCACUUCCUGUUUUGGUGCCACACUUCCGCUUCCGGUGUCCGUUUCCUUUCAUGUAUCGUAUGUGGUGGGAACUCUCAAACCCACGGAACACCAACCUUCUUCUUCUUCUUCUUCUUCUGAGAGCUACUCAACAUUUAUUGUCGUUUCACAUGGUAUUCAAGAAUACACAUGUUGAAGCGCAAAUACACAAUGUAAUGGCUAAUCGCUAAUAAUCGCUGUAAAAAAGCUAAGAACUAAAACCCUUAAAUAAUCAAAAAAAGUAAACAUACACAAGAAAAGAAAAGACAUACAGACAAAAUGGCUUGUUUCGCCUGAACAUUUAGAAAAUCUUGGCGUCCACAACUCACAUUUCACAAUAAACAUAACAAAAAAUAGUAUUUAUUUUUUUUGGCCUCUUACUGAUUAAUUGGCAAAUAAUCAUUUAGUGUUAAAAGGGGGCGGGACACCAGUGUUUGAUUGGCUACAGAUGUGGUCACCCCCGAUCUAAACUAUGGUUAACAAAUGGAAAUGGAAGGUCAAAUCUGGGUCAUAUGAAGGAAAACUCUUGCCUGUGGGAGGUUUUUACCGACAUUUCCUGCGUGGUUGUAGAUUUAUUUUCAGCCAUUAAGUCAUAUUUUCCUUGGAGGAGAAGACUAUUACGGUCCACAUUCCCGUCUUGCAUUCCCAUUCCAUUCAUGUUUUUUCCCGCUUCGACCAACUGUCCGUUAUAUCACCAAACGUUACCCUUUAGCAAUGCUAAUCCGUCAAAGUCAAACUGUAGAAGUCACUCGUCUUCUAUGGCUUUAUCCUCCAAUCCCAGCUGACAUACGGCGAAAGUCACACCCUGGACAGAUCGCCCGUCCAUCACAGAGACAAACAGCCGUCCACUCUCAGUGUCCAAUUUGCCCAAAAUCCCCAAAUAUGCAUGCACCCAGGUCUUCUUGAGCAAAGUUGAGAGUUCUAAACCACUACACCAAACCUCUAGCCUCCAAACCGGAAGUGCCCAAAGACUGGCUCUGGUGCCACAGAUGGGUCGCAGGAGACUUUUUUUGGGUUCCCCACACAAAAUAUUUUUUGCCCCCAAACCUUUGUAGGUAAGAUGAUAGAAUAUGUUUUAAAUAACAUAAAAUAGCAUAAAGUGAAGUUUUGACUCCUUUAGCCAACAUUUACCAUUUAAAAUUCAUGCUAGGUUUUAGUCGCUAUCAUUGCAAGCUAAUUAGCUUUCUGCCAUGAUUUUUUAUUGUGUGUGACUGGGGGGGUCACGGUAAUCUUUAAAAUGUGGAUAACCUAGGUUUUGCUAAAUGUUGUGGUUGUUUUGUGCGACAAAAACAGCCUGGUCCAAGACCUCCGUUUGUAUGUAAACACAUACUUUUGAUACAAUUGUCUCAUACUCUUGCGAAGUGAUAGCGAUAAUUUUACGACGGCCCUAUUAAAAGUGAACGUGUGAUUGGCAACUGUAAAAUAAUUUAAAUAUACAGUGGUAUAUGCAGUACAGACGUUAUAACCACAUUAUAUACAGCAUGACGUUAAUAUUUACAGUGUAAAUAAAAUUGUAGACAUGUAAAUAAUAUGGUUUUGUUCUAGAACAUAUGUAUGUUCUUAAAGAAAUUGAGUUUGGAUGUAUGUGAACGGCCCUUUUCUAUUAUUAUUAUUAUUGUUUUUAUUGUAAUUUACGUCAUGUGAUGCAUUUUUAAUCACAUAUAACUCAUGUGUAGUUCACCCUGUAAUGUUAAGGAACUAUAGAGGAUGCAGCCCCUGAAUUGUGACGCAGCAAAAUGAAGAGAAAAUGAUUGCAAAUCGGCUUCAUUUAAAGUGAAUAUUAAAGCAGCUCUCAACCAAAAACUUCCUCAUUUCUAUUCCAUAUUGCUACGCCCGUAUUUUGUGAUCUUGCAAAGACAUUUAGUCAUAUACAGUAUUUGUUGUCGUGUCGUCUUUCUUGAUAGGCAGCUGAGAAAUAUCUCUUCCUUCCUGUGUAAAAACAAAACAAAGGCAGUCUAAUUAGGGAUGCACUAAAUGAGGCGUUGAUAAUAAUAAUAAUAGUAAUAAUAAUAUCCUUUCUGUAAAUUUAGUGAGAUUAUAUAUUUAAGUGCAUUUCAAGGCUCUGAGGAGUUCCCUUAGUCAAUUUUCCAUGAUAAAAUAUCCUUAACAAAGGGAAAACUUCAGUCAUUUAUGCAGUGAUUUUUUUUUUUUUUUAUAAUUUCAAGAGUAUUAGGGCCGCAUGGAAAAAAAAAUAAAGGCAUGAAUUCUGAGAUUAAAGUCAGAAUUCAAGACUGAAGUCAGAAUUCAGAGAAAAAAGUCAGAAUUCUAACAUUCUGAGAUUAAAGUCAGAGUUCUGACAUUCUGAGAUUAAAGAAUUCUUGCUGGUUUAUUUUUUACUUUCUUUGCCUGAAUACUCUUCCAUAAAUAACUGUUUUUUUUCCUCUUUUGGCUCCUUUUAUUUUAAAGUGACGUAUCCUCAGAUGUACUAGGAUGUAUCCUCAGAUGUACUAGGAUGUAUCCUCAGAUGCACACUUGGAUGUAUCCUCAGAUGUACACUAGGAUGUAUCCUCAGAUGUACUAGGAUGUAUCCUCAGAUGCACACUCGGAUGUAUCCUCAGGUGUACACUAUGGUGUGUACACUAGGAUGUAUCCUCAGAUGUACACUAGGAUGUAUCCUCUGUUGUCUCCUCAGUAGGAACAUUAACGCGGCAGCUUGACCUUCUUUCUGCCACAUCGUUGAGUUUUUUUACUUCACAUUUUUAAUCAUGUUAAAUGAAAGAAAACAUUUUUUUAAAAAAACAUCUUAGAUACACAUAAAUAUCAACAUAUUUUCUCACUUCCUGGCUGCGAUGAUGAUCAGACUGUGGAGGCUAAAACGAACACGGGACUUUUGGACAUUUCGGAGCCAAAAUGAUUUGUUCACUUCACAAUGCUGUUGAUUUUUUUUAUUUUUUUUAAACUAACAUGUUCCUCGACGGCUGCCAUUGUUUCCCUGUCUUUGUUUAUACCAGAACUGCUCACUUCAGUGUAAGAAUCUAUUUAACCAGUUAGCCACCAUAUCUAUAUCAUCAUAAAAACAAUGUAUGUAAACGUACGUAAUCAAACUCUUUUUGUCUACUGUUAAAAUGCCUUUCUUCUUAUUUUUCAUAAAUACGCUGUAUGUGUGCAAUGAUUCGCAUCUUUGGCUCGUUUUAUUGUAACGACAGUGUUCAGAUUAAACUGGAGAUGGAAUAAUCUGA